AUGGCAUGGUUACUUGCCAGUGGAGUCGCAGCCAUCGCUGCAGGCAUGUUUGCUGCAAACUGGGAUUGGUACAAAAACAGUCCAAGACCAGAUUUAGCUUAUUUGAGUGCCAUCAAACUCAAGGCUUUAGAUGGAUCAGGAAAGGAGAUCAUGGCCUCUGAAUUGUGGAGAAAAUCGGGUGCCGUCAUAAUGGUUGUUCGACGGCCAGGAUGAUUUUUGUGUAGGGAGGUACUGAUCGUCCGUCUUUUUAACACAUAAAAUGACCUACUGAAAAUGUCACAUAAAUUUCUUAAUUUUUUAUUACUGAGGACUUGUAAUGGCAUGUUUGUUUUUCUCUCUUUAAUUGUGGACCACAAUGUAAACUGUUUUCUAAGUGCGUCCUACAUUGUAUGAAGUAAGAUAUAUCUUUUUAACGCUGAAAGAACACAAGAUAAGAGUUAAUUUACAUAUAGUUCAUUCAACUGCAUUAGUCUGCCAAAAACUGUAAGAUCUUCAUGUGGCAACAUUAAACAAAGAAGAAAUGGUAGUCCUACAAGUAUAUCAAGUAGUUCUGUCAGUACUUUGUGAUUUUUACAUCCAGGGGAGGGGGGUAUUGCAAGAUAUGGGCUAUAUACACAUAAUAAUGCACCCUAGACUUCAAACGCUCUAAACACUGGGCUGGACCCUUUAAUUUUUCUUAAAGCACAGCCUUGUUUAUCAAAGACUUCACACUUACCCUCAUUUUGAAAAGAGUCUAGUCAUCGAGGAAAUGGUCUGCUGUCAUUAACUUACUUAUUUUCUCUUUCAGGAGGCCUCUGAGCUGUCCUCUCUCAAACCUGAACUUGACCAGAGAGGUGUAAACCUUGUGGGGAUAGUUCAUGAGAAAAAGGGAGUUAAGGAGUUUCAACCUUACCUAAGUUCUCCAAUUUACCUGGAUGAAGAGGUAACACACAGCAGCUAUGAGUUGUAUUGAAAGUAAUAAUAAAUGGCUUUUGUGAGGAGCAAUAAAAAAGAACAAGGCUCUCAGGGUCAGGGGUGUCACUCACUUCAAAGUUGGUACAGAAAUCAAGGAUGUGCUCUAGCAGAGCCCGGUGGCCCCUUAGCUUUUUCAUAGAAAUCAUAUGCUGGGCACACUGAAUUUCACAAGUUCAGAGCACAGGGGUCCCUUCAAUUUUUCUUAGGGCACAGCCUUGGAAAUGAGUAAAGUGCUUAGCUGAUAGUUUCAUGUAUUUUCUUAUUUUAGUGCUGAUUUUGUGCACCAGCUCAUACCGCGAAAAUGUAGCCUCUGCUCGCGGGGUAGAAUUUGUGAGGAAAAAAUAUGAAAAUGGUGCAAUGAAUUUUUAAAAAGGUUUUAUCAGUGUACAUUUAUGUUCUGCAUUUUACAAUGAGAGAGACUAGAAAAGUUUUUCACUCGGAGAUAAUUUUGUUUUACAUCAAUUCUUUUUAUGUCAUCAUUAUCAUUCUAAAAUUAUUAUUAUAGUCUAAAAGUGAAAAUCACCUAGUAUCAGCACUUGCUUAUAAUAAUGGAUGGGUAGCAUAUUAGCCUUGCAUUUUCAGCCAGAAAAUUUUGUGUGAGAAUUCAAAGCUUGUGGCCACCCAUCUCUUAUUCUAUAUGGUAGGGGCCACUGACUUAUUCCUGUUAGCAGUCAGCUUCAAAUAACCUAAAUUUGUUCUACCAGAAAUAUUUGUCAACUCUCCCCUUACUCUCCUUGCAUGCCCAUACCACUCUCUCAAAAUACCAGAUCAUAUUAAGUUCAUACGUUUUUCAAAAAAAUUGGCCUAUAAAAUUCCCCUUUUCACCCUUUGGAAAUUCCAAAGACCCUUGAUAGAGUGGAUGUGGAUUAGUGGUGUGCUGAUCAUCCAUCAAAAUAACAUCUGAGGAAUGAGCACAGAAAUUCCAUAUUGAUUAUAUGUCACUACUCAGAUCUGGGAAGUACUUCUGAUUCAUCUUGUCGUGAGAAAAAUUUGCUUCAACCAAUCAGAGGUACUACCCAGAUCUGGGUAGUGACACAUCAUCAGCAUGGAAUUACUGUGCUUGUUCCUCCGAUGUCAUUUCGUGGGAAAACGAGAGGUGGUGCCACAAAAUGUCGGCUGUUUUUUUCAUGCUACUGUAAAUCUGGUUUUUAUUGAUUGCAUACUUUGACUCUUUCAGAGAAAAUUUUAUGGUCCUGAGCAGAGAUGGAUGUUUCUUAGUGGUAAGCUGAAUAAUCCCUUUUUCAACCCUUUUUUACAACUCAGGCAGUAAAGCGCUGGGAUGCCUACACUCUUUCAAGUUUAUUUGCCCAUCUACUUGACUGAUGUAGUUACCAAAAAUCUGGUUGACCAGUUCUUUAUAUUUGGACUUAAUGUUUCCACACCACUAGUCAUAGGUAGACUUGUCACAUAUUCAGAGGUGACAGUCUGUCCUUUGCUCCCUAUGUCACAUAAAGAAAUUUCAUGUUGAGUACGAUGGUCUGGGUGAAUGUGGCCUUGUUGUUGUUGACAGUGACUGACGUUUUUGACAAACUGUACUGUAGUCAUGUUUAGAGUGAAAGUGAGUUGUAUCACGUUACUUUCAUCAACGACAUUUAAAGGCUUCCUUUUCUGUGUGAAUUGAAGAAAAUAAACAAAAAUAAGAGACAUUUGCACACAGAGGAUCCUUACAAUGGGUUUUGAGUUCUUGGAUUUGGCUAGCCUCCCACACAGAUGUUCUUAGGGCUCUGUCACACUCUCUUUUCCUGUCAAGGUUUGUGGGGAAGGCUGGAACAUGUGAUGAAGCUAUAAGAACGUUUGCAUGGGAGGCUAGGAUUGAGAAUCUUAAAGGAAAAGUUGGCGGGGAGGGGUGGAAGCAAGAUUCAUGAUUGUUUUUAUGAAUGCAGGACACAGGUUUACUCUAUGGUAACCAAGAAAUAUUGUUUUAAUGUUGUUUUCUUUGCAGGAUUUUUACGUCUCAGCGUAUGGAGGUCCUUUUCUCGAGCUAGAAGCCGAGGAGUUCAAGGGAACUUGGAUGGAGAAGGCCGGAUUUUAGGUGGCGUCUUUGUAGUUGGCCCUGGCGAACAUGGAAUUCUUCUUGAUCAUAAAGAAAAGGAAUUUGGUGAUAAAGUUGAUCUGAAAGAUGUUAUGGAAGCUGUUAAGAAAAUUUAAUUAACUGCAGAAAAAACCUCAUUUGUAAUCAUCAGCCUCUCUGCUUGACUCAAUAUUCGCUGAAGUGGCCGAACCCCUAAUUUCUUUUCUACGGAAUGAGGCAUACACAGCCGAUAGUAAUUUUCCUAGCGCGAGAUUCAUUGUUAUAAUUUUAGCUAUAUCAGCUGGUAGCAGGCAAGUCAACCAGGUUGUAAUGAUUCAAGGAGCUUCCACUUGUUCUAAGUACACGUAGUAUCAGUGAUGAUGAUGAUGAUGAUGAUGAUGAUGAUGACGACGGCGUUGGAAAUUAGCCUAGCCUGUCCAUUACUAAACGAACAUGCGUGUUGCUAUCUCACAUAUGACGGCACAGAUGUAAAAUAAGCUCUCUUAUUGUCUACGCUUAAAGUUUUUGAGUGUGCACAUGCCUACAUCUUGUUUUGGAUAGACCUAAGAAGCGACAAGUUAAACAGGUUAUUGACAAUUAAAAAGAGAAAGAAAAAAAAUGCUGAG